AUGUCCACUUUCAAUGCCUCCGACGUGAAUCUCCACACGGCCAGCAAGGAAGACGUGCUGUGCUACUAUGCCAUCUCCGACAACGCAUACAACGGCCACCUGGGGGCCCGCAUCUCCUCCAUCUUUGUCAUUCUGUUUGUAUCCACUGCCUUCACCUUCUUCCCGGUCGUCUCCAAGGGUCUCCCCAGCUGGAAGAUUCCCCACAGCGUCUACAUCUUCGCCCGCUACUUCGGCACGGGGGUCAUCCUGGCGACCGCGUUCAUCCACCUCCUGGACCCGGCCUACAAGCGCAUCGGCCCGAAGACCUGCGUCGGGGUCAGCGGGCGGUGGGGCGACUACUCCUGGUGCGCCGCCAUCGUGCUGACCGCGGUGGUGCUCAUCUUCCUCCUCGACCUGGCCGCGGAGGUCUACGUGGAGCACAACUACGGGAUCGAGCGCGACGAGACGGCGACCCAGGCCUUUAUUAAGCCAGAGCCCUGCGCCUCGCUGCACCACCCCCAGGAGGACCUCGAAGACCGUCGUCGCCCUCUCCCACCACCAUCCUCCCCAAAGGGCCCCAUCACCACCCCCUCCUCCACCGAGCUGGACACGGACUGCGCAUCGGCGAGCGAGGCGGCCGAACGAUCGGUGCGCCAACAGCUCGCCGCCUUCCUGAUCCUCGAGUUCGGCAUCAUCUUCCACUCGGUCAUCAUCGGGCUGAACCUGGGGGUCACCGGGUCGGAAUUCGCCACCUUGUACCCGGUGCUCGUCUUCCACCAGUCCUUCGAGGGGCUGGGGAUUGGCGCGCGGCUCUCGGCCAUCCCCUUCGCGCCGCGCGCCCGGUUGCCCUACCUCCUGUGUCUGGCGUACGGGCUGACGACCCCGAUCGCCAUCGCGAUUGGGCUGGGGCUGCGCACGACCUACAACCCCAACUCCAAGGAGUCGUUGAUUAUCCAGGGGGUGUUCAAUGCCGUCUCCGCGGGGAUUCUGAUCUACAGUGCGCUGGUGGAGUUGCUGGCGCGGGAUUUCCUGUUUGAUCCGUCUCGCACGCGGCGACGGUCGCAGUUGGCGUAUAUGGUGUUUUAUUCACCAGUCUUACAUCUGGAGUACUUGAAAACACACGCAUAA